CGUUACACAUCAUAGGUGGGCCCAUACUAUUAAAGGGGUCCGUCUUCAGUUUUUGUUUAUUUACAGUUUAACACAAAGACUAAAAGGAUCGUGAAAACUUAACAACCUCAGCAUAAUAUUAUCAUUUAAUAAAUAAAAAGUUUGAAACAAAAAAGUGAGAAAAAAACAAGGACAAAAACACAAUGUGGAUUCUUGCAUUAUCUAUAGCUUUAACAGCAACCCUCCCCAUCCAUGCCCAGCAACAAAGCAGGUGCGUGCAGUUGUUUGAUGCUGGCUUCCGGCAGUGUUUCCGGGACCUGGGCGGUUUUGAGCUUGACAUCGUCUUCUCCCUAGUAACCAACGAGACUUCCAGUCGUCUGCCACCAAACCUCGCUCCACAGAAACAGAACCUCAUACAAAUGCUUUGCGCUAACCGGCAGCAAGUCGGCCAGUGUAUAGGCCCUCUGGUGACCAAAACGGAUCCCAGCUGCCAGCAGACGGAUAUUGGUAUGAUGGACGGCACCGUCAACUCCAUGGUCUCAGGACUGGCGAACAUUUGCGGAGCCCCGAACGAUGGAUCCAAGUGUAUGAAGAACUUCGACACUGGUUUCCGGUCUUGCCUCAACAAGCAGAGUAUCAACCCGGACAACUUCUUCCUUCUACUCGCCGACCAGCCACUUCCGGCCGGAGUCAACAAGGACCAGCUCAAGCAACUGUCCUGCAGUCAGACGACCCGACAAAACAUGUUGAAGUGCUCUACAGACAUCCUGACCUCCAUUCAGACGGACUGUAAGCCACAGGAAACCAUCAUGGUGGGAACUACACUCCAGAAUAUGAUGGGCGCUUUCGAGGGCGUCUGUUCCGGAAAGCCAAUCAAUCCCGACCAGUGCAUGGCAGCGUUCGAGGAAGGCAUGAACACGUGCGCCACUAAGACUCUGAACAUGGAUAUGAAACUUAUCCUCAUGGUUCUACAAGGACAGACUCUUCCGGCUGGACAGGACAAGGCAACCAUGAAAAAGACCAUCUGCAGUAAAUGGAAGACGUUGGAGGUUUGUGGAAAGGACGUUAUAAUUAAUGCCGGUUGUGCCAGGCAACAGUUGCUAGGUGUAGAAGCCAGCUUUGCCAACAUGGUCAUUACCGUGGCAACCUCGUGUGGUGACAAAUCCCUACCCGGUGCCUGCCUGCUCACCCUCCAGAAGUCGUUCGGUGAAUGUUUCGGCAAGGUCGGGCUCUCACCAGAAAUCUACUUGUCCAACAGCUCCGACCACGCUGGGGCACUGAUUGGCGCCAACACUGCCGAGGCCAAGGAAUACUGCAACAAGAAACAGGAUCUGUUUACAUGCAUGAACGAGGUGAUCCACAAAUGCCCCGGCGCCGAACAGACUCUUUCUUUGACUGGUUUCGACCUUCACGGCAUGGAGAGAGCAGUUGGCAUCCUCUGCCACGACAUCCCUGACUACCUGGCCGGCCUAGACUGUUUCAAAUCCCCUACCGAAAAGGCGAAGCAGUGUAUGGAGGAUAUGACGAUGGCGAUCACGGACCUGUCCACCAAACAGAUCACACAGCAGCUCAAUAUGGAAGUCUUCUUCGAGGAUUUCUGCAGUGCACGUGUAAAGCAUGUUGCUUGUGACGGAAGUGCGUGGCCCUCGUGCGAUACCCAAGCCGUCUCCCUCAAGAACGAGUUCGAAUGUCAACUUAUCCCAUCCCGAUGCUACAACUCCCACAAGGAUAACAUCGACACAAUCUGCCCAAAUACAGAUCACGUGAUUCCUGGAACGGAAGUUGAAGGUGUCCCAGAAUGCGUGCGCAACAUUCACGAAUCAAUGAACUCGUGUUUUACAAAGUUCAACAUGAAGCCCGAUAUGUUCCUGGUCAACAUUACCCACGACAGAAGAAACUUCAUGGGAGACAUGCCUAUGGCCAAAUCUCUUUGCCAGUCGAAGGGCGCAGUAUUCCAGUGUAUGAGGGACGUCUUAAGUCAGUGUAACCUGGCCGAGGCCGUGUUGUCUUACUGGGGUCAUCAACAAUCCUCCGUUGAAGAAGCCGUCAACGUCAUCUGCAACGACCUUCAGAUGUAUGGUAAGGGCCAGCAGUGUUUCUCCAGCGGCAACGCCCAGACCCAGCAGUGUAUCUCCAACACAGAGUCCAAGAUGAUGGACCUAGCUGACAAACAGGUGCAGAAGAAGCUCUCCCCAGACGCCUACUUCCGGGACUUCUGCUCAAUCUCUAUGGAGCAGCUUCGUUGUGACCUGAACGGCUGGAAGACCUCGUGCGCCAAGGACGUCGUGGGUCUCAAGACCGAGUUCGAGUGCUCCCUCGUCCAGAAACAUUGCAAGAACCUCCAGGUCCGCAACUUCAACGAGAUGUGUAACGAGGCCACUUACGCCACGGCGCUCCGGGCUUCCGGUGGUGGUGGUGGCGGUAAUGGCGGCGGUGGCGGCAGCGGAACUGCUGGAGGUGCAGGAGGUCAGACUGGUCCCGGGGGUGUCGCAUCCGCCACUUCCGCUUCUGUAUUUGCUGUUUUGACUGGCGUUUUGGCUUCACUAGUGCUUCUUUUGUAAAAAUUUGAGAACAAUAAUGUAUGAUUUAUAAACUCUUCGUUUUUGUGAAUUGUUUUUGUCAGUGUAUAAAAUAGAAAAUGAUAAUUCUGUGAGUACAUGUGUCGAAAAUUGCUAUGUGUAUUUGUAACUGUAUAUUAUCUUAAUGCACGAACACGUUCAGUUCGUUUUAAACAGUUCAAGAAUCAUACAACAACGACCAAUGUUGAAUUUUUAGCUGAGGCAUUUAUUUAUUAAAAGUUAUUUAUUGACUGAGACAACUUUCACUGGUCAAGCUGGCCUUGGCGGUUUAUUUAUUUAAAUAUCAUAUUUCCAAAUCAGGGGAUAAUGUAACUAAUUAGGAUAUUGCAGAACCGGAAGUGGUUUGUAACUUUAAGAGGCAUGAUGGCUGUUAAAAGCGUUUCACUAUUCUAAAAUAGUUAGACUACGAGAAAUCCAGAUGAAGCGUUUGAUUAAAACCACCAAUUUUCCCCGUGAGAUUGAAUGUAUAUUACAUUGAACUUCAGUUUUAUCAAAUUACAAACAUUUCUAACAACUUUAGUUACUGUGAUGUUAAAAUUCAGCGAAACUCGCAAAUAACCCUUUUAGUAUCAAGUUUCAUUGUUUGUUUUCCUUGAUCCAGGAAUUGUUAAUACAGAUUUUGUAUCAUUUUUUAUAACUUAAAAAAAAUCAAUUCAAUUUGGAGUAAUUUAUUUAAAUUCACUUCAAAACGUUCUGUUUUUUAAACAAAAGCAAUGGUCAACCCAUAUUUUCAUAAACUAUUGGAAACAAAAACAAAAACAGUCGGACCUCUGACGUUACUAUAAACCUGAACUGAUUCGUAUUUUGAUUUAUGUGUUAUGUGAAAAUUUAAAACAAUAAAUAUAUAUAAUUAUAACAAAUUUAAAAAGUUAAAAAAAAAUAUUAUUGUUUUUCUUUAGUUUACAACGAAGAUGAAAGUAAGUUUUAGGUGUUAAAAAAGGAAUGCCGAAUUAUUAUAGAUCAAGAGAAAUUCCAAUGCGUGUACUUUUUUGUGAAUACGAAAUUUAUUUUAUGCUUUCAUAUGUUGUUAUAUUUUGUAAAUUGUAAAUUUAACCAUGU